AUGAAGCAGGUUGUUUCUGUCAAGCUGCCACCGCCCGGACAAGGUCUGGCACCUGUCAAUGGCAGCACCGCAGGUUCGGGCCGUUCUCGACCCGCAGAACGCCCGACAUCGGAAAUGGUGGCUCUUGAUGCGGCCGACUCCCCGAUCCGAAGACCGGAGGGAGAUGGAUCGAAGCUACCCAGCUCGGAAUCAGUGGCUGCAGAGGUAGCAGAACCUGGCCCGGCACUGGUAACCAGUGGCCGAGAGUCGGAUAAACCGUUUGAAGGUAUGGGAUCUUCUACCACGGCCAAGCCUGACGGUGCUGAACAUCAGCUUGCCGCCGAGUCAGGGAGUGCCACGGCAGAGGCAGCCGCAGAUGGCUCGAAACCGCAACCGCCGCCGCGUGACCCGCGCGCCAAGGGGGGUGCCGUGCGACAGACACCUCGCGGCCACAAAAAGGAGCAGAGAGAACAGAAAGAAGCAAAGACAGGCGAUUCCAAGGACGCGCAGAGCAGGCCUGCCAAGCAGCCCCUCUCUUCGCGCGAACCACGGGACCGCGACCGACGGCGCUCUGCGCCAAUACCGCGGGCGCCUAGGGCAAACUCAGAGCCACCUAAAACAGCUCAGAGCGAUGGAGCAGUUCGGACUCCAAGCUCAAUCGAUCCACGAUUGGUACGGUUGAUUUCGGAGAUCGAGAACCACUUCGAGCAGUUUGAUAGCAAGCCUCCUGCAGAUGCAAUGGGCUGGUUGAAGGAGACUGCUCAGUUAGAACUCUUCGAAGAAGAACUUCGUUGGAUGCUCAAGCAGCACGAGAAGGACGAGGGCGGCAAGCCAAGCGCUGACCACAGCCCAGCAAGCGAGGCUAAGGCAGAGCCAGCCGAACGCAUCCAUGUGGAGGAUGUCCCCUCAGAGCCGGCGCCACGCGCCGAGAAAGACCUGAACUCGGCGCUGCUACACCUGCGCAGCUGCGAGUGGGAGCAUGCUCAUUUGAUGCAGCUGUUGGGUUAUGAAGAUGCAGUCUUCCGCGAGGAGCGCCUCAUGGAGAUUCGCGAGCUCGAAGAAGAAGUUGAGCAAGAGCAGCGUAAAGUCAAGCAUAUGGACGCCGAAAACCGGCGGCGAGAGCGCGCGCUGGCCCGUGCCGCAGCGCUCGCAGCCAGCUCGAUGAACCCGGAGAGCGACGGGAACGGCCGAGCACUGCGGCAGACAGAGCAGUGGGAAUCCGAAAGUGCCGUCUGGCAGGUGAAGAACGAAAAUCUGCAGAAACAAGUCCUGCAGCUGAACAUCUACAUGAAGCAAGACUUGGACAAGCAAGACCAGCUGGAGCAAAAGCUUCAGGCUCUGCGGGAGAAGCUGGAGAGUGAGGAGGCAAAGCAGUGGAUCGAGGAGCAGCGGCAGCGAGAAGAAGAGCGCUGGAAUGAAGAGCAAGUGCUUUCUGCAGAAGUCAAAGCUCUCCAGGACCGGCGUGUGUCGGAUGUACAAGCCACCAAGAAAGCGCAUACGGAGAUGCAGCGACAGCUCGUGGAUCUGAGAAAGCAGCAAGCGACCCUGGAGCCCCGACUG